CUGCCAUUUAGCCAAACAACCUUUAAUUCAUUGAGCUCAAAGCUUAGCAGCUUCACUGUCGUCGUGAGGAGUAAACAGCUUGCAAAUUUGAGAUUUUUUUUCUCUCCCCACUUUUGACCAGCCUUGGGGCUAUGGAGGUGAUGGCAGCGUUUUAGAAGACAGAACAGAAAUCUCUAGGUGUUUUCAUGCAUGAAGAGAAACUUGUGAGGGGUUGGCGAAGCGGAAAGAAGACAGUUCAACAGAAGGAUGAGUUGGAAAUGAUUCCACAUCUGUGAGUUAAGACAAAGGAGAACCUUCCAGAAGCACCAAAAACAGCACUGACCAGCUCCAGUGAUAGAAAGUGUUCACGAUAAUUAUUUACAUUUAAGUUAGGAUUUCAAAACAUCUGUGUCACAUACAUUUUCUGAGUGGCCUGAAAAUUGCCCCCGGGUUUGGAAGUGGAAAGGUCAAAAGGGAAUGGGUUAAAUCCAGGAACAGUUGGUGUUGCUCACAAAAACUUGGAAAGCUCCUAGGAACAUUCCAAAUUCUUUUAACAUUCCUUGCCAUCAAACAAGUACGUUUGUUUAAGUGAUGCACCGUAUUUGCAUCCACCGCUGAGAAUACCCACAUUAGUGUCCUGGAGGAACUUGAUUAAUGUUGUCGCAGGGACAACAAAGGAAUACAUUUCUAGCGGUCUGUUGAAAAGAAAGAGCAGAAGGAAACGUGUUGCUGUUAUUCCGGCUUAUCCCAGUUUGAGAUUGGUAUGUUGAGAAUCUGUCACAAGGAGAUAGCAAAGCCGGGAGCCAGAGAGGCUGAGCCAGCCAGAUUUCCAAUGGCAUGAGGACGCCAAGCCAUGGUUCUGUCUCCACGUGGAGCUCGUUGGCUGCUCUCUUUCCUAGGAGAAUUUAAGGGUUAUUUUUUUUUCUGAUUAGAAAAUUAGAAUUCAUCCUUGGAAACUGUAGUAAAGCAUAGUAUUCUCGAAUAGGGAGAACAAGUUUUCUUCGUUGAACUUCAUCCGUACAAAGAAAGAGGUUCUCCAAAGUACUUAUUAUUCAAAUUGGAGAAACCAGUUCUGCAGACUGCAUCCCCAGCGCCUUUUCCAAUGAUGAUAACUGCCUUUAAAAUUCUUUCAGACCUGGAGAUCUUUCAGGGUGAAACCAGUGGAGUCUUGAAGUACGACUAAGGCAGAAACCAGCAGCAGCACAGACCUCACCAAGUCGUGUGAUUAUGGAGAUGGUCUACCCGAUGCUGAAAACGUAUCUAGUUUUUUGACAGCGGCUGACUAACCAUGGGGUCAAGUGGGCUUGGAAAAGCAGCAACAUUAGAUGAACUGUUGAGCACUUGCAUUGAGAUGUUUGAUGACAAUGGAGAGCUGAAUAAUAGUUAUUUGCCAAGAAUAGUUCUACUGAUGCACCGAUGGUAUUUAUCUUCCACUGAAUUGGCAGAAAAACUUCUCUGCAUGUAUCGAGAUGCCAGUGGAGAAAGCUGUGAUGAAUUUCGGUUAAAGAUCUGCUACUUCAUGAGGUACUGGAUUCUCAAGUUUCCUGCAGAGUUUAAUUUGGACCUUGGUUUGAUCCGUAUGACUGAAGAGUUCCGGGAAGUAGCUAGUCAACUAGGGUAUGAAAAGCACAUCAGCCUCAUCGACAUAUCCAGCAUUCCUUCCUAUGACUGGAUGAGAAGAGUCACACAGAGGAAAAAAGUAUCCAAGAAGGGAAAAGCCUGUCUGCUGUUUGACCAUCUGGAGCCCAUUGAAUUGGCUGAGCACCUCACUUUUCUGGAGCAUAAAUCUUUUAGAAGGAUCUCAUUCACUGAUUACCAAAGCUAUGUCAUCCAUGGCUGCCUGGAGAAUAACCCAACCUUGGAGAGAUCUAUUGCUUUAUUUAAUGGAAUCUCUAAGUGGGUCCAGUUGAUGGUUCUUAGCAAACCAACCCCCCAGCAAAGGGCAGAAGUCAUUACAAAGUUUAUCAAUGUUGCCAAGAAGCUCCUCCAGCUCAAAAAUUUUAACACUCUAAUGGCAGUGGUGGGAGGCCUUAGUCAUAGCUCCAUUUCACGCCUCAAGGAGACCCAUUCUCAUCUUUCUUCAGAAGUUACAAAGAACUGGCAUGAAAUGACAGAGCUGGUCUCCUCCAGCGGUAAUUACUGCUGCUACCGCAGGGCCUUUGCUGACUGUGAGGGCUUCAAGAUCCCCAUCCUCGGCGUGCACUUGAAAGACCUGAUAGCGGUCCAUGUCAUUUUCCCAGACUGGACGGAGGACAACAAAGUGAACAUUGUAAAAAUGCACCAGCUCUCCGUGACCCUCAGCGAACUGGUGUCCCUGCAGAAUGCCUCCCACCACUUAGAACCCAACAUGGAUCUGAUCAACCUACUCACGCUUUCUCUGGACCUCUACCACACAGAAGACGAUAUUUACAAACUGUCACUGGUGCUGGAGCCUAGAAAUUCUAAAUCGCAGCCUACCUCCCCUACGACGCCCACCAAGCCCGUGGUGCCCCUGGAGUGGGCUUCAGGAGUGAUGCCGAAGCCAGAUCCCACGGUCAUCAACAAGCACAUAAGGAAAUUAGUUGAGUCUGUGUUUAGAAACUAUGACCAUGACCAUGAUGGGUACAUCUCCCAAGAGGACUUUGAAAGUAUAGCUGCCAAUUUUCCCUUUUUGGAUUCCUUCUGUGUGCUGGACAAAGAUCAGGAUGGCCUUAUUAGUAAAGAUGAAAUGAUGGCUUACUUCCUGCGAGCUAAGUCCCAGUUACACUGUAAAAUGGGACCGGGAUUUGUCCAUAAUUUUCAGGAGAUGACCUAUCUCAAGCCAACCUUCUGCGAACACUGUGCAGGAUUUCUCUGGGGCAUAAUCAAGCAAGGAUACAAAUGCAAAGACUGUGGAGCCAAUUGUCACAAACAGUGCAAAGACCUCCUGGUUCUGGCCUGUAGGAGAUUUGCCCGGGCGCCCUCCUUGGGCAGUAGUCAUGGGUCGCUGCCUGGAAGUCCCUCGUUGCCCCCAGUGCAGGAUGAGGUGUUCGAGUUCCCUGGCGUCACUGCUGGACACCGAGACCUGGACAGCAGAGCCAUCACGCUGGUCACAGGCUCUUCUCGCAAGAUCUCCGUGAGGCUGCAGCGGGCUACCACCAGCCAGGCCACCCAGACCGAACCUGUAUGGUCAGAGGCUGGCUGGGGGGACUCAGGGUCCCACACCUUCCCCAAAAUGAAAUCCAAGUUCCAUGACAAAGCAGCAAAGGACAAGGGUUUUGCCAAGUGGGAAAACGAGAAGCCCAGGGUGCAGGCUGGCGUGGAUGUGGUUGACCGGGGCACCGAGUUCGAGCCUGACCAGGAUGAAGCAGAUGUGGGUGAGACCAGACAGGACGGUGAGGAUGGCUGACUUCAGGCUGAGGACACUGGAGGCAAUAAUGUUGGCAUUUGGAAGGAGCAAGAUGAGAAAUUCUGAAGAACACUCCAACUCAGGAAGUUAUCUGAAAAGAUAUCUUGGACUUUUACUGCCUGGUGACACCAUGGGGUCUCCCUGAUUGGACUGUGGGACAGAGGAUUUACCCUAUGAACUACUUAUUUCCUCCUCCCCAGGCCCUAGUCAGGUGUCACCAAGUCUGGGUGAUGUAGUUGGUAGAUUUCUCUGUGUCUUUCCCUAGAGCCAUUUAUAUAUGAGUGAAGUGAAAGCUUUUCUGCAUGUACUUGAUACUCAUUCUCUAAACUCUACUUUUUUGUGAGAAUAUUAUUUCAGUAUUUUGUAAGCUUUUGGUGGGGAGGAGUCAAUUUAGAGGUCUUUUGUGUGUGUGUGUGUGUGUGUGCUUUUUGGACGGGACCAGGACUUAUUUUCUUGAGGGACAAGAAAGCUCUUCAGAUCCUGGAAUGAGGUGGUUCUUCUAAUACAAGGAGAUGUUUACAUUGUUCUUACCCUACAGUUGCUAUUACGAUGUGUAACAAGUCAUACAUUUAUAUUCACAUAAGUCUUACCAAUUCUGCAUCAUAAGGAAACUAUGACACAGCCAUGAAAACUCUCCUGAUAUUUAUAAUUGCCGUGGGGGAAAUUAAGUAUACUUGUCUUAGUGACUAGGUUUAGCCAUCUUUCUUAGGACUCCUGUUAAGACUGCCAGUAAGAAAUUUGGAUGGUGAUUACAAAAUCAAUUAAAGUUUCAGGGGAUAAAAUUUAGGAGAAAAACAAACCAACAAGCAAACCACUUAGUGAAAUGAAAAACAAUCAGCAAUUCUUUAAAAACUCAAAAUAGUUUUAAGAACUUUGUUAGAAAUGAAAAGUUUUGGUUAUAAGAGAGAACUUUUGUCCUCUUCCUAAGAAAUUGCCAUCUGUAAUUAAAAGAAUAGUCAUAGAAAUCCAAUCAUCAGAAACCCCCUUGGAUUAACAUUUCAUUUCAGCUUUUAAAGUAUCAGUAUUUUCAAUGUUUCCCUUUGACCUAAAUAGCUAGACAUGGGUCUGUUUUUUAUAUGAUUAGAGGAGAGCAAACUUAGUUCAAAGUGUUCAAAUAGAGAGACUGGAUUGAGCCAGUGGAUGAGGGGAUUGACCUGCUGCCACAUGGCCAGUGAGAAAUUGUACCCACAGAAGUGCACUCAUUUUCAUUGGGAGUUUAAAUGUGUAUACCAUAUAAGACUGAAUUUAUUUCUAUUUGGGGCAGUCACUUCAGUAAAGAAAUCCUUCUCUUUUUCCAUUAGAUAAAAUUGAGGACAGUUCUACUUAGCAAACACUUGACCACCUGCUCUGGGCAGGUCCUGCACUAGAUGCACAAAGACAAGCAACAUUUGAUCUCUAUCCUCAGGAGAGAUGGUUCCUUAAAGUACAGUUCCAGAUUUGCUAGGACGGACUUAAUUGUGCCAAACAGAUUGAGAAAUUGAUUUGCAGAAACAUUGCAAAUUAAAUGAAGUUAUUAGUUGACGGAGCUUUGAAUAAUCUAUGUAAUAAGAGAACUCACCAUUUGCAAAGCACCUCAAAAAGCAAGCAGCCAUCCCUGAGUGUUGGCUCUGUGUAUAUAUACUAUCUAUUCCUAUUCAUAAAUGCAAUGAAAUACAUGUUAACAAAAUUAAAAAACAGAAAAUGGCAACUUAA